AUGCUCUGUGGGAGAGAAUCGUCAGGUCGAGGCGAAAACGCCCAUGGGGGCCUCAGAAGCCUCGCCCGCACUCCUUUAGAACUGACCGCACUCUUUCCCUUUCUCCCUCUCAGCCCAAACACACAGCUGGUGCCACCGUUGCUUUCGGACCCGCUCUGCCUUCCUUCGCCAAGCGACUCACCGCGGUGGGGAGGGAGCAGGGCCAGCCAAUUCGCCUCGGAUCCUUACUGUUACGAGCUACCGUCCUCGUCUUGUCCGCCUCGCUGCGCCGUCGCGCCAUCCUUGCCUUUUUCCCCGGUUUCUGCAGCAGUGAAGAUGUUGUUCCGCUCUUCUGUUCAGUGUAAUGUGCCGUUCCCGGUGCUUCGCAGCGCUGGGGCCUUUCCUCGGGUGGACCUCUGCGUCAUCGGAGGCGGCCCCGGCGGUAUCGCGGCUGCCAUGCGCGCCAUCGGCUACGGCAAAUCGGUCUGCAUCGUCGAGGGCGGCCGUGUCGGUGGCGCGGACUUGGGCGGCACUGUGCCGUCUAAAAUGAUGUAUGAGAUCGCCCACUUCGCGGCCUCCCUGACGGGCCCGGAGUUUGUGCGGGACUUGGUGAAGCCGGAUGAGAUGCAGAGUAUUGUCGACGGCAUCCCCAGCGAGCGCAUCACGCAGCUGCUGCGGAAGACGUGCACGGGGAAGGAGCGCGAGUAUCGCGCAUUUUUGGAGGCAUCGGGAGUGCAGCUGAUUGAGGGUAAGGCAACAUUCGCCAAUCCGAACGAAAUCGACGUUCACACGGAGGGCACUGGCGAGUAUCGCUCUCUUCAAGCCGACAACGUCGUCAUCGCGACCGGUGCAAUCCCGCGCAGCCACGCCUUUGCCAAGUGCGACCACAACCGCAUCCUGAACUCCACUAGCCUCUUUGAGAUGCCGAUACCAGCGAGUAUGGUGGUGAUCGGCGCUGGGGCGAUGGGGUGCGAGGUCGCGUCGAUGUUCGCCAAGCUGGGACGCACCAAGGUCCGCUUGGUAGACAAGGCCCCGCGUAUUCUGCCGAAGGAGGACGAGGACGUCGCGUCGUAUGUGCAGCGUCACCUCAUCCGUCGUGGCGUUGUCAUUCACCAGGGCUGCCGACUCUUUGACCUGGAGGCUGGCGAGGAGGACUGCCGGUACUCGUUGCGCGACAUCUUCAGUGGAGACAUCGAGACCUACCACGCCGAGCGCGCCAUGGUGGCGGUGGGACGCCAGCCCAACCUUGGGGCGCUGGGUCUGGAGAAUACGAAGAUGCGAGUUGAGAACGGGCAGCUCGACUGCGACGAGUACGGCCGCUGCAAGCCGUACAAGCACAUCUACUGCAUUGGAGACGCUACAGGGAGGCAGAAGACGGUAAACACCGCCCAAACGGCAGGCCAGGCAGUUGUGGACACCAUGUUUGGCUGCUCCCCCAAGCUGGCUGUAAGCAACAACGCCCUCACGAACAUUGCAACCGACAUGUUCCUGGAGGAUGAGGUGGCAAGCAUUGGCCUAAGCGAGAAGCAGUGCCGUGCGAGUGGCAUUGGCUACAUUGUGGCGAGGCUCGAGUACAAGCACCUCACGCGCCCCAUCGUGAUGGGGGCGAAGGACGGGUUUGUGAAGAUGAUCGUGACGAAUGACCGCGAGAAGCGAGUGUUGGGUGUGCGUGCCGUGGGGCCGCAUGCCGGCUCCGUCGUGGAGGUGGCCUCGUUGCCGAUCCUCAAAAACGAGUCCGUGUACACAAUGCUCAAGCACAACCCCGCCUACCCGUCACUGGUGUCAGGGGUGAUAGAAUGCGCGGCGAUGCUGGUCGGUCGCGGAGCCCGGUGCUCAAACGUGGUGGAAGGCAUCUCCAUAAAGAACUGGACCCCUGUCGACAAGGCGUAG